AUGGUAGCGCGUCUGACUCCAGAUCAGAAGGUUGCGUGUUCGAUUCACGUCGGGUUCAAAACCCCGGACCAUCCGGAUCUAAUUUUUAUUAUAUUAUUUCUCACCACGCAGCACGUGAUGCAUGCCCCCACACCAUCUCGUCGACCACCUCUGCAUGGGGUCCAUCAACUCUGA